AUGAACUACAUAAAGGCUCAAGACCAACUUGUUAACGCGACCCGAAACCUUGGAAAUACUUCAUUGGAGUCCAUUAUUCCCAGCGAUAUAAAUAAAACGGGUGGAAUACCGAGUAAAUUAAGAAUUUUCAAAGUGGCUAAAAUCAUGUUGCGAUCCAAUAUAGACGUGGAGAAGGGGCUAGUGAAUGGGAGUAUCGGAUUCAUCUCGGACAUCGUCUGGCUGCACUUAAGACGCGACCAAAUGUAUGAAAUCGACAUACCGUCCAUCAUAGUUAAUUGCGGGAACGACGGUGAUCAUCUAAUUCAGCCUAUAGGCAUCCAGUUCCCCGCCAAGUUUAACUACGGUACGGUGGAAAGGCGCAUGCUCUUAGUGAUUUUAAGUUGGGCAUCUACCGUGCACAAGAUGCAAGGCUGUACGGUAGACCAGUGGUGUACCGUACUUUUGCGGCUGGCCAGCCGUAUGUGGCCCUAA